AAUACAUUUAAAUCCUCUUUCAACAAGGAACACAGCACUAUUAGGGGUACACAUAUCAACAAAGUUUGGUCGCAAGCCCAGUACAUAGCGUUGAAACAUUAGCCUAAAUACUUAUCAAUAACAUGUCAAAAAUUGAAUACAAUCCAUUAAUUAAAUCAACAGCGCAUGUAAAUUUAUCGAUAAUGAAGAUAUAGGAUUUUGCUCCCAAAGACGCCUGAAAUAAAUUAUAACGAAACUGAGCUACCCAGAUUAUAUUUUAAAUUCAAUCCGAGCUUUUGUGUAAUUCGUUUUGAUCUGAGUCAGGGGUUACAUAGAUGCUUAAUUCAUGUGGCGACAAAGGUCCCCUCACUGGACUCUUAAUAAUGAGUUUGCACAACUGUUGCCUGCCCCAGGUUGAUUUUGGCACCCGUUUCAAUAAUGACUUCUACCAUAAGGAAUGUUAUUUGUAGAUAGGAAAUGUCAACACUGCACACCAACUUUGCAUUGUAUCGAAGAGAACAACAAGUGGUGAAAGAAUCGCUUUUAUGUUUCAUUAAGGUUUUCUUGAAUUAAGACAUUCGUUUAACAAAAUGGCAGAUUUAGGCUUGGAAGAAGAUUUUGUGUGGCAAUAUAGAAUUCCUGACUUUGAUUCACUUAGUUUGGGGCAAAUUUCAUACAACUCAGAUGAAUUGGAGACUCCAAGGAACGGUAGUUUGUCUCAAAUGUAUCGGAAAACUCCCCGUAUGCAACAAGAAUUUGAAAACUGGAAUAAAGACAUUGCAAAACAAGUUGAUCAUUGGAUGAAAGACAAACCUGCACAAAGUGGUUUUUACAGUUCGUUGUCAACAAAAAGAGCUCCACGUUUUAGCAAUUCGAAUAUUGUUAAAAGAAAGAAACUACAGAAGAAACGGUUGAAAUUAAAAGAUUUGGAUGACACAAAGACAUCAGGGGGUUCUACAGUGCGCGGUUCAGAUUCAGAUUUUUCAGUGGAUAGUGAAACUUUUCGUAGCAGACGAUCAUACAAUGGUCGACCUCCUUUAUCCAAAUCUUUUCCCAUCAGUAAAGACGCCCCAGAUGACGAGACCUCUGUCUUUGGGAGCAUACAUAACGAAAUUGAAUUUAAGAAAAGGUACCGAAGAAUGUUUGAUCUUAACAAACACCUUCAGUUUGUUAACUCGACAAAUGGACUCAUGGGGAAAAAGAUUUUCAAAAAGACACAUCAUCUUCCACCCAUGAGCACACAAUUACAAGAGGCAAGAAAACCACAAAAACUUGAGUGUUCUGAAUUAUUUGCAAUCACAACCGUGCAACAAUCAAACGAUCCAAGUGAAAUAACAACAUCAUCAACUCAGAAAGUAUUCACAAGUACCGAGACUUCUGAACUUUCUGAUAACAGUGUUUUUGGACAAUCCCAGUCAAGUUCAAGGGAUAUAGGUCAAAAAGUAGUGGAAGCUGAAAAACAUAUCAACUUUUUACGACAAACAAACAAACCCUUCAAACCAGAAGUCUUUAAAUUCGGAAAAUUACCAAAGAUUUCUAAUAAUAAGGAGGUAAAUUCAGACAAGGAUAGAUACUCAAGUAAAGAAAGCAUGGACAGCAAAUCCAUUACAACUCGUCUGAAUGACUCUUUGCAGAAGUGUGCUUCUUGGGUAUCUGAAACAGAUUCCGUGAACGGUGAAUACGCCGAAGUGCGGGAGAUGAAAGUGACGAUUAACAUAAAGUAUAAAUCCGCAGAUAAAGGAAAGACGAAAACAAAUGAAUUAUCUGGAGGUCUAAAAGACAAUGCAGUGAAUUUAACACCUUUCGAUAAGACGAAAAAUAUGACUGAAAUUACUGAGCAUGAACAUUUUCGGGGGAUGUUAAGUGAAUAGUGA